AUGCACCAAAGAACGAAAAUGGCCUCGGCCAAGGGAUUUGGGGGGAGGGCGGCGUCAGGUGGUCCUGGGCAAAGUAUUCCAGUCCACAAGGUCUCCCGGAGCCCCCUCAGUGGAAUCCCGACCAGGACGGCCCCGGCAGCUGCCGUCUCGCCCAUCCAGAGACAUUCCACCUUCAGUUGCCCAAAGCCACCUGGGAAAGCUUUCUCCAAACACGCUGACCUUCCGGACCUUCCCUUGGCAGACCUGCUGAAAGGGAGGAGCGAGGACCUGAAGCCUGACCACUUCCUCCGCAAGAGCCCCUCCCUGGAAUCCCUCAGCAAGCCCCCCACGAUGACCUUCGGCGGCAGGAUGCUGAACUCCACGCACGGCAGCCUGAAGCCUCCGAGCCGACUCAGCGUGGAGAGGAAGGAUCCUCUGGUGGCUCUAGCGAGGGAAUACGGAGGCUCCAAGAGGAACGCUUUGCUGAAGUGGUGUCAGAAGAAGACCGAGGGAUACCCGAAUAUCGACAUCACCAACUUCAGCAGCUGGGCUGGAGGCGGCAGUUUAGCCUGGCUAAGCUCUCCUCACACCUUACCUGCCCUGCGCAUCCCCUUCCAGGAGCUCAGCAGCCAAGACAAGAAAAGAAAUCUCCUUUUGGCAUUCCAAGCAGCUGAAAGCGUAGGCAUCAAACCCAGCUUGGAACUCAGCGAGAUAAUGUACACGGACCGCCCUGACUGGCAGAGCGUCAUGCAGUAUGUGGCCCAGAUCUACAAGUACUUCGAGACCUGAGGCCCCGGAGCCGCCUAGAGGGAAGAGCCAAGCUGCAGCGGGAAGACGGAGAGGCCCCUGAAGAAUGCCACGGAGAAGCACUUGAUCACUUUAAAAGACGCCCACUGCCCCACCCCAGGCGCCCCGCCCCCACUCCGCAAAGCCUAUCGGACUUUUCUUGUGGUUCGGCAAAAAGCCCAGGCCGGUUCUCCACUUCCGCUGCGCUAUAAAGAUGCCGGAGGAGGGCCUGUCUUGUCAGCGCUCUCCCUGCCCAGUGGAUCUAAAUAGAUAGAAGGCUGGAAGACUCCCUCUUCUUGCCAGCAGCCUUUCUGUGGCUCCACAGCUACUUUGCAAGCAUCAGACUCAUAGCCUUCAUAGCCUUCCACAAAAGGCCAGCAGAAUCCUGAGGGAACAAAGGUUCCAUCCACGCCUGUGGCCAUCACUACAUCCUCUGGUGGUCAAUAGUGCUCUGCCCCUGCAGGCGUGCCACAAGACCCAUUCUUCCAAGAUCCACCUGUGGCAAGCUCCAAACACUGGGGGUGCAUUCCAGGCUAUAUGUGGGUUGGUCCCCUGCCAACUUGGAGAACAAUUCUUGUGGGUCUUGACUUUGCAACUGGUCCUUUGCAGGUUCGGGUUGGGGGCGGCUGAUUAUCUCUGUGGGCCUUUGCGAGGCUAAGAUGCGCGUGUGUUUCCGAUGCGUCCUGUGUUUGCGCGGGAAGAAGAGGGAACAUUUCCACCGGGUCCCCACCAGCCCGAAGGGAAGGGGAUACGUAGGAUCUUCCUCACUAGGAUCUGCAAGGAUCUUCCUCGUGGAUUGAUUAGAAGCCAGUGGGUAGGCAAGAGGUUGGGAGUCCUUCUGUAGGUAGCGGUUGCAUAGAAAGGAGAAUGUUAGUAUGUGUUUGCUUCCCAGCCUCUAUAUAACCAUGGAGGCUGCUAAAGUUCUACUUCCUUCACAGCGUUUCAGACAUCUAGUAGAGCAGAGAUACAGUUUUAUCCUUCGAUGAAGCCAGCAAUUGCUGGCUGCGGUGCUCCACGUUCAUUGCGGGCCAAGCCAGCUUACCCUGUGAUUCCCGUCUGGAUGAGCCUGCAGACAGUGGCGGAUGUUCUACUUCCUUGCUCGUGACUCUGUGUACGCGCCAAAAACAUGCCAGCCGAGUCUCAGACUGGGCACUGAGAAGCAGAGCCUGCGUACAUCGUGGGGGAUGACACAGAGGGUCACGUGCGCAAGGGAAAGGCGGCGGGAGCAAAAUUGGACCAGUGUUCUUUUCUGCAAAGUUUCCUUGAGAUAAUUGCUCUGCUAGCAACCCUGCUGGGGAAUUGUCUUGCGGGGAUGCUAGCUUUUGUCCUGCCAGGGCUCCAGGGCUUUGUUGUAUCAAGCAAGAUACAAGGAAAAACAUUACUCUGUGACUGUUCAUCUAUUUUCAAAGCGCAUGAGCCCGGCCUGGAAAAGAACUAACAAUCCCAUCCAACCUCGUCGUUCGGUCUGUGUCAGGGGUCUGCAACCUGCGGCUCUCCAGGUGUUCAUGGACUACAAUCCUGCCGGGGGGGAUGGGAAUUGUAGUCCAUGAACAUCUGGAGAGCCGCAGGUUGCAGACCCCUGUUCUGGGGACCCCUUCUGGUCAGUUUCUCCAAUUAACCUCCUGGACAUCUUCCCAUUUUUAGACUCUGUGUCCUUUUUUUCUUCCAAGUGUUCAUUCCAUAGGCGUUUGUUUGUCGCUGUCUCACCAAGCUCUGAAGAAAGUGGGAAAGCAGAACAGUUUUAUGUAUUGUCGAAGGCUUUCAUGGCCAGAAUCACCGAGGUGUUGUGGUUUUCCUGGGCUGUACGGCCGUGUUCCAGUAGCAUUUCCUCCUGACGUUUUGCCUGCAUCUGUGCCAGCCACAGAUGCAGGCGAAACGUCAGGAGGAAGUGCUACUGGAACACGGCCGUACAGCCCGGAAAAACCACAACACCCCAGAACAGUUUUUCUCCUGGAUAGGUGAAUUUCCUCCUCACUUGUUGCACAUAGAAAUCCCCCCAGAUUUCAAUACUACACAUUGGUUGUGGUGGUGGUGGAAGGCCUCCCCCUGUUCAUCUUGUGGACCAGAGUUUGAACGUCAAUUCUUCUUUUCUCUGCCUUCUGGUCCAAACUAUGGGCUCAACUCCCACAAGUGUCUCCAGCCCAUCCUGCUCCCUCCCACACCUGUCUCUGCUGGGUCAGAGAAAGACUUUCCAUGGGCUGCUGCAUGGACCCAAAGCCAGGUGUGACGUUGGCCAAAUAUCACCUUGUGGUGUCUCUGGUCCCCCAGGAGACCUCUCCCGAAUUUCCACUGGAUUGUCAAGGAGAGAAGCCUGGAAAGAAUAGCCACACUCACAAAAUUGACUGCACGAGAUUGCCUUUGGAACAGAAAAGCUCUGCCACGGGACAGGGGUGGUGAAUUCUCAUUCCUAAGCCACUCACAUAGUGGUUUGAAUGACCUGCGUGUCCCAGAUCUCUCCAAUGACCUGCAUCCAGAAAUGUGUACAUAGAGGAGAAGAUCUGGUCCUCACAACUGGAACAUGUCCUCUCCUGGGCCGGUGGGUGUCUCCAGGUGCUAUAAGACCUUUCCAAGGUGCCGCUGGCUGCAUUUCUCUUCUGACUUCCUCCACCCUGGUAGCAAGUAAAGGCGAAGUUCUCCUCCUUGCUGACUUUGGGGGGGGGGGGGUUAUAUUUUCUUAAUUUUCCUCGUGUUUUUUUAAAAGUUGCAUAGGUGCCAACAUCUGCCAGGCAUAACGAUUCGAGUUUUGGUUUGCUUUUAACUGGACGUCACGACGACACGGGCUGCUAGAGUUUGCCUCUAGAAACUGUCAAGGCCUCGCAGCCUCCGGUCAGUGAAUCUCAUGUUAUUUAUACCAAGAGCACAUUAGGACGCGCACACUCCGCUCGGGCGUUUGUAGACUUUGGACAUGUCAUGACCACAAAGUUUUAUUUUAAAAAAGAUUAAUGUUAUUGAAGCAUUCGAUGCAAGUCUGCAUAAUAUUUCUAAUAAAUGCCUUUUAUUUCUGA